AAUAUAAGGCAUGAAUCGCUUUGUUCAAUCUUCAAACUAUAUUUGUAAUUUCAUGAACUGUUUUAUCGGCAAAUUAAGAAUAUAUUUCGGUUUCUGCUGCAUUUGUCGUUGAUUGCAUAUUAAAAUGACAGAAAUCCCCAGGGCUUACGACAUUUUGGACAAUCCGAACUUGGUAGCACCGCUACCCUAUCUAAACUUUUUACGUUAUCUCAAACGCAAGCACCCACGUUUUGGGCUCCGGCGCCUGCUGCAGGAGGCGCCCGCGCAGUGGGAUGCACUGAACAAGGGACAAAAGAAUUUAUUUCAGAGGCAGCGCAUCCUGGCAAGAAUUGCGCGCUCUACUCGCGCUCGUCUCCGCCGCGUCCUGCAACGAAACAAGACAAGUCCGCGAAAGCGCAAUGCAGUCCGACGUCUCAUAUACGAUAGACGUCCGCGGGCGUCCCAGGCGCGCAAACGGGCACGUAAAAUGAAUUGAUCUUUAAAGUCUACAGAUAUUAUGAGGUAUAUUUCAUGCAUUCCCGAAAAUCUGGACAUAGUCGAAAACAAACAUUGGCCCAAAGCAGAAAGUCUGAUAACCUGCAGGGAAAAUUACUAUACAAAUUUAACUAGUGAAUAUUAAAAAUGUUUAUCAUAAACACACAAAUAUGUGGGAGAUAAACAUAUAUACAUUUUUUCAGAUUGCUUCCGAAGUAUAGUUGACAAAAAUAUUAAUAAAUAUAAACAUAAACAAAAGCCAUCGAACAGGCAUUUCAAGUUCUGGCAGCUUACUUUGGAUCGAUUUUGUAUACCAGACGAGGAGGAUUUCGGUUCCGCUCGACUGACGCUUGGGUAAGCGGAACUGAAGACAAUGUAGACAUGGGUCCCGCCAAUACGAAUGUGAUAUGCAAACACCUGACGAUGGCUUUCACUUUUGCAUGCUUCAUGCGUCUCUUCGCCUAUUGCAACAUGAGAAAGACGUAGAAAGAAAAGCCAUUUCAUUUGAUUGUAUGCCGCACUGUUGCAGUUGUACCUAUAUGCCUCAGAAUCGGUGGAAGACAAAUUUGUUCUUGUCCUGAAAGUUUAGAUGUGAACUUUUUAAGUAAAUAAUAAAAUCCCAAAAAUAAACUUUAAUUCCACAAAUAAGACGUCAAAUUACACGAAAGGUCAAUCCUUGAACUAAGAGCCAAAUGUUAGGGAGGUUUCAAAAAUCAAAAAUUUUUAAGUUUAA